UCCCGAUUGAUUGAAUUUAAUACCAUAAUAAUAUGUCUGUAGUAUCUUGAUGUCCAAGGUAUCCUAGUAUCUGAUAAUAUCGUCAUGAUACAUCUCUAUUUUCUUUCAUUUUUCCGUCGGACGGCGGGGCGUUCGUUCGAUCGUUUGUUCAACGUCAUCUUUUAUUCCUGUAAUGUCUGAAUUUUGUGUUCCACAUGCUUAGGGGUAACCGAAAUAAGAAAAAAUCCAAGAAUCCCCGCACAAGAAGAAAAGUCCGAGCAACCGCAGACGUAAAUGUAAACUAGAAAGUGUGAUCGGAGUCGCGAGGUGUCUCGUCCGUCCGGUUCAAACUAGAUUAGGGCAGUUUGAAACUGGAAUUCGGGCUCCCUUUCCAUAGUAUUCGUUUAUUUAAAGUUUUGGUGUUGUGCAAAGACAUUAUUUUAGUUAUUUAUACAAAUAUAGUGUUUGUGGUUAAUUAGUUAAAUAAAAAGCGAAACAAAAUGUCUGAAGAAUCGUCGGCCGAUCGAAAUGUCGAAAUAUGGAAGAUAAAGAAACUUAUAAAGAGCUUGGAAAUGGCCAGAGGAAAUGGAACAUCUAUGAUAUCCCUGAUCAUUCCACCUAAGGAUCAAAUCUCGAGAGUAUCAAAGAUGUUGGCUGAUGAAUUUGGUACAGCUUCCAAUAUCAAGUCACGUGUGAAUCGUCUCUCAGUGCUUGGCGCAAUUACUUCUGUACAGCACCGACUCAAGCUGUACACUAAAGUGCCACCAAACGGCCUAGUUAUAUACUGUGGUACUAUCGUGACAGAAGAAGGUAAGGAGAAGAAAGUGAACAUUGAUUUUGAGCCGUUCAAGCCUAUCAACACAUCUCUUUAUCUCUGCGACAACAAGUUCCACACCGAGGCUCUAACGGCACUGCUGGCUGAUGAUAACAAGUUUGGUUUCAUUGUUAUGGAUGGUAACGGUGCAUUAUUCGGUACCCUUCAAGGAAACACUAGAGAGGUACUCCACAAGUUUACUGUCGAUCUCCCUAAGAAGCACGGUCGCGGUGGUCAGUCAGCGCUGCGUUUCGCUCGUCUCCGUAUGGAGAAACGUCACAAUUACGUCCGUAAGGUUGCCGAGGUAGCCACCCAGCUGUUCAUCAGUGCUGACCGGCCGAACGUUGCUGGCCUCAUCCUUGCGGGUUCUGCUGAUUUUAAGACUGAACUGUCCCAGUCCGAUAUGUUUGAUCCGCGUCUCCAAGCCAAGAUCAUAAAACUGGUGGACGUAUCAUAUGGAGGCGAAAACGGUUUCAAUCAGGCUAUAGAGCUGGCUGCGGAAUCCUUGCAGAAUGUCAAGUUUAUACAGGAGAAGAAACUAAUUGGACGCUACUUUGAUGAGAUCUCACAGGACACAGGAAAGUAUUGCUUCGGUGUCGAUGAUACACUGCGCGCUCUCGAACUCGGAUCCGUCGAGACGUUGAUCUGCUGGGAGAACCUCGACAUACAAAGAUACGUAUUGAAGUCGCAUGCCACCAACCAGGAAACAAUUCUCCACCUGACGCCUGAACAAGAGAAGGACAAAUCACAUUUCACCGACAAAGAGAGCGGAGUGGAGCUGGAGCUUGUGGAGUGCCAGCCGCUGUUGGAGUGGCUGGCCAAUAACUACAAGUCGUUUGGUGCCACCUUAGAGAUCAUCACGGACAAGAGCCAGGAGGGAAGCCAGUUCGUUCGCGGCUUCGGAGGGAUCGGCGGUCUCCUCCGUUACAAAGUGGACUUCCAAUCGAUGCAGCUCGACGACGAGGAAAUCGACAAUCUAUACGACAUCGACGACUAUUAGCUGGCAACACUGAAGGAACGAGACAAAUGCACGCGUCUUCAAAAGCGCCGCUCCAUUGCUGUACCGUGUUGCUUUUGUCUAAUCUGACGUGGCCCAACAGAAAAUGCCUCUAUCCAAAAUAGUGUGUAUGUGUUCGGAAUGAAAAUGGAUCGUACAGAGAUUAUCAAAUAAGUUUUCAUUUUUUUUAAUGAAUUGUGAUCUUUGAUAGGCUGAGUGUUUUCUGUUGGACACCGUCCCGUUUUAUGAUGUUGUAAACGGAAAUUUGUUAUGAAAUAAACGAUGCGCAAUCGAGAAGCAGUUACUAUCUCACCUGCAAUGUUUUAGUGUACACAAAAACCCUGUAAGCUUUGGAGAAAAAUUCUUUGUAAUACCGGUCAAUUUCAAUGUUUACGCUAAGAGAGCUAUUAAGUAAAGCGAGAGUGCUCUUGGUAACAGGAGCCGAGCUGUCCUCAAUCUUGAGGUUUUGGAAGAGUCAACAUCCUAAAGAAACUGCUAUGCAUGAACGGUUCGCGGCAGAAAUAGGUAGGGGUCUGUUAAUCACUUUUGCAGACCCAAAAUGCGUUUUAAGACCAGUAAGGUUUGAGUUGUUUAUCCUAAAACUGGGGUGUGAUUUUUUGAAUGAGUUGCCGUUAGAAUUUUACCGUGAAGGACUUAGUAAAAUGGAGCUUCGUAAUACCAUUAGGCGAAAUAAAAACUUAAUUAGGCUAUUCUAUCGUAUUGAAAUAUUACCGAUAGAUAUUUUAAAAAGUCUGGCAUUAGGCUGCUCCGUGAUAAAGCAGAAUUUUAGCAGGGUUUAGAGAUGAACGACUAUUGUUUUGUUUGGGUGCUCUUUUGAGAUUGGCAAUGGCGUAAAAUUGUUGGGGGUUUUUCUGCGUAUCGACAGGGGACCCUGCAAUGGUGCCCUUUCGUUUGAAGAUGACUACCCCCUAUUUAGAAGGAAUGGAGCACAUUAUGUCGCAACGCAGUAAUGAAAAUCGACCAUUUGAAAUAUGAAUGUAAAUUAUUGAAAUGUUACGAAGAAGGUCGGUAGUUACAUGAGAAUCUUUCAAAGCUAAGAAAAUUAGGAGGUAGGGAAUGUCGCGGGGAAUCAACUAUUUAUUUUUUGUGUAUUUUACUAUUUGGCAACGUUCUCGUCUUUGUGUGUACUAGAAUAAUGCGGGUUACCCAUCAAAAAUGUUGCACAAUGAAAUUGUAAAGUCGCAUUGGAGAAUAAAAAUCAACAAAAUUGGUUCUGUUUGAAAAAAUAUUAAUAAAUACAAAUUGGAGAUUGUGGUGCCUUGUUUCAAAUCGGCCCAAAAUCGUCCAUCACAGAUUACUUGUUGAAAGAACUCCCUAUCUAUAUAUUUAUAAAUAAAUUUUGUGUUUCGAUAGAAUAAUGUACUACUAAACUGCUAAAGAAAUAAAGAAAUUUCAGAAAUAA